CGCCAAACUUGAGCCUAUUGUAUCAAACCUCAGACCCUCGUCCUCCCUCUCCUUUAUAAACGGUUUAUAAUCCGCAGGCGUGACAUAUUCUAAAGCAGAGGAACCGGCUAUCAUCAUCAUCAUCAUCAUCAUCAUCACCUGUCGGCAUGAGUGAGGAGGAGCAGAGUAACGGCUCGCUGUCGGUCAGGAAGCCGUCCCGCAUGCCCAAGUGCUCGCGCUGCAGGAACCACGGCUUCGUGUCGCCGCUGAAGGGCCACAAACGCUUCUGUAGCUGGAGAGACUGCCAGUGUCAGAAAUGCAGACUGAUCGCUGAACGACAGAGGGUCAUGGCAGCCCAGGUGGCGUUACGGAGGCAGCAGGCCCAGGAGGAAGAGCUGGGGCCGCCAUCACCCAGCACCAGCAGUGCCACCGCCUCUCCCACCAACCUAGGGAAUCGCUCCAUGCUGGCUCUAAGUCCUGCGGCGACCAGCAGAGGGCACACUGAGGGCACGUCUGACCUGAUGGUGGACGCCUCCUAUUACAACCUCUACCAGCCCACACCAUACUCCUCCUACUAUAGCAACCUGUACAACUACCAGCAAUACCAGAUGCCUAGUGGAAAUGGUCGCCUGUCCAGCCAUAACGUGUCCCCCCAGUACCGCACACACUCCUACUAUUCCUCUUACCUGAGUCAGGGGCUCGGCACGACUGCAUGUGUGCCCCCCAGCACCUGCCCUGAACCCAAAGCAGCAGCUUUCUCUGAUGGAGCUCAAGACUCUGUGUCCAUCAGCUCGAUGAUCAACACUGAGAACCGGCUGGAGUGUGAGAGCAGCUCAGAGUCUGGAACCUUCUCCAUCAACUCCAUCGUUGAUGGGGUAACCAAAUAAAAAACCCUCACCUGCACCAAUCUCACAUUUAAUUGAAUUGUUUCUGUAUUUUCAACUUAUUUUUCACCUUAUUGUUCAACAUUGUGUAGUUAACACUGAUCAGGUUGACUGUUGUGGUGUUUUUCAACUUUUUUAGGGAUUCUAUAAGGUUUGGGUAUUAUUUGCUCUUAGUUUCUCGAUGAUGAUCAGAAAUGCAGUUUACAUAGAUUGCCAUGUUUUAUACAGUUUGAUAGCUUCAGUUUGUUUACUUUGAUACUGCAGUUGUUAAAGAUUAAAAUGAGUCACUUCACUCCAUAUACUAUAGUGAAAGAAAUGGCAGAGCACAACGAUUUACUGCCACAUAUCAGUUGAAGCUCAGUAUUGCUGUCAUUGGCCUAAUGAAUAAGCUAACUUCUUUCCAUGACCUUCAAGACACAAAGUAUAUGAGCUCUUCUCCAGCAUCUCUAUACUGUUGUGUUGUAGGCUGUGGGACAUUUGGGUUUGAAGAGAUACUAUUAAAUUAUGCUUCAAUCUCACAGUGAACGGCUUAUUUAUUUAUGGCCAUCACUAAAGGACAUCAUUUAACUUUUGAUGAUUUGCAUCAACCCUGUUCCUAUGCAUGAUCCAGCUAAUGUUCAGUGCUCUUCCGCAUUUUCUUUGUAUAAUAUGAAGCUGUGCCCUUGAUUUUAAUGGUGUUGUUGGCACAGAUAAUGUCCUCAGUCAAGUCACGAAUAAAUGGUAAAGGAGAAGAGGGACACAAAACUUUCUUUCCUUGUAAGCUCAGUUUGUUGCAGACAUUUGUUAUGACAGUACAUUUAACUAAAAAUUAAACUAUAUUUCGUUUUUUAGAUCUGAUAAAAACAAGGCAGUGUGAUCUAUUUUUUUACAUUUUAUUGUUAUUAUUAUUAUAUUAUAGUCGAUGGCCAAUUAAAAUGAAUCAGUCUGAGGGCCAUUUAAUAUGCUUGCAUCUGUAUUUCUUUUGCACUUACAUAGAAGUUAGUAGUAAUAAGUAGCUAACUGAGACUUAAAUGAAUAGCCUUUUUCUAAAAAUGAAUGUAAAGAAUGUGCGUACUGUAUAUUCUAAUGUUAAACAGUGAUUUUGUGCAAUUUUGUUAGACCAACAGUUCACAGUUUGAUUCAUUUGUUUUCCAGAUGCUGGUUUUGUGUAUAACUUACUGAAGUUUUUUAUUGUUACGAUUGUAAAAUAACACAAAAGCUAAUUUGCAAUCCUGUGUUUAUAUGCUCUCAUGUUCAGUGGAAAUAAAAUAAUUAUUGAUGACUGACUUUCACAAGGAGCGCAAUCUGAAAUGAAAAUUACUUGUAUUUUCUUUGCUCUGCACCUUGAAAACAUUUAUUCGAUUCUGCCCCAUCUGCUGUAAUCAAUAACCUGACCAUCUUGUUUUUUGUUUUGUUUUUUUAUUAAACGCACUUACUCUUAAUUUCAUCCCCCAGUGGUUUUAGUGAGAAGAAUGUGGAGUUACCUAUAUGGCUUGGGCAUUAUAAAUCACUUCUGGAGAGCAGAUUGUACAGCAGUAUCGAUUGAUCCUGAUAUAUCACAGAAAUUUACUGUCACUUCUGUUUUCAAUUAAAGAUACAAUCAGUCAGAUAAUGACUUAAUUGGAUUUUACAGAAGAUUGAGUUUUAUUGUCCCGUGCUUUAUGAGUUUAGUUAAGGAAGGCCGCUUUAUCAUGGGCUGUCAGCGCUGGGCUCUGCCGUGCCGCCGUGUCCUUCUGUUGCUGCUUCAGGUUUGUGUUCCAGCGACAGCCUGAAAAGUGGCUGUGGAUUUGGUAUUGUGCCAUCAAUCACAUCGGCUGCAUGAAAGAUAAAGCCAGCCCGUCCCAUA